AUGGUUGGCAAAGCUAGAGGGAAGAUUUUGAAGUCCGUUUCGACAUUAUGGAUGGACAGAGACACAUACAUUUGCUUUCAGAAGAUGAAGAACGAUGCUAUGCUUGCUGCGAGAGAGUGGUAUGACAAUGCUGAGUUGGAGAAGAGUUUGGAGGAUUCAUUAUAUUGCUGUGAUAUUGAUAACGAGAGAAAAAUACAGACUGAUGAGGUAUAUGGUGAUAUUGCGAGAAUAUUUACCGAUGAUAAGUUGAUAUCUGUUCAAGAAGAAGGUAAUAUGAUACUCCAUCACGAAUCUAAGGGUGGGAGUGUCAAUAUCCGUAUUGGUUCUGGGUCUGAUUGUGUUGCUGGAAUGACAUGGAAUUAA